UCCUUCAAGAGAGCCAACACGGACAGCCUCCCUCCCUCCCCUGGUCGCGGGGUCAGCCAUGAUCCGAUUCCGGUCUUUGCUUUCUUCCUCCUCUUCCCUCGUCUCCCGCAUUGCCUUUCCUGCAUCUUCUUCCUCUCGUCUUACUUUCCCUGCCUGUGGCCUCGCCGCUUGCCCUAAUCCCUCUCAAGGAAGCAGCUUCCUGGCGAGGGCAAUGUCUGCAGUAGCGAGAUCUCCGGGAGGUUCCAAUCUUCUCCUCAAGCAGCUCUUCGAGAGCAAGUCCUGUACCUACACUUACUUGCUCGCCGACGUCGCUCAUCCCGAGAAGCCUGCUGUGUUGAUCGAUCCAGUUGACCAGACAGUCGACAGAGACCUUAGUCUUAUCAACGAAUUAGGCUUAAAGUUGAUUUAUGCUAUGAAUACCCAUUGCCAUGCUGACCAUAUCACUGGAACCGGUUUGCUAAAGAAAAAGAUGCCUGAGGUGAAGUCAAUUAUCUCGAAAGAUAGCCAAGCCAAGGCAGAUAUUUUGAUCAAUGCUGGUGAUAAAAUACAGUUUGGGAAUUUGUUUCUGGAGGCUCGUGCAACUCCAGGGCAUACUGCUGGCUGUGUCACAUUUGUGACAGGUGAUGGGCCCAAUCACCCUAACCCUAGGAUGGCUUUUACAGGUGAUACUCUUCUAAUACGAGGCUGUGGAAGGACAGACUUCCAGGGAGGAAACUCAACUCAACUUUACAAAUCUGUACAUUCUCAGAUAUUCUCACUUCCAAAGGAUACAUUGAUUUAUCCUUGUCAUGACUACAAAGGAUAUACUGUUAGCACAGUGGGUGAGGAGAUGCUUUAUAACCCUCGAUUGUCAAAAGAUGAGGCAACAUUCCAAAAAAUCAUGGAAGGUUUGAAUUUGCCGUACCCAAAAAUGAUAGACAUUGCAGUGCCUGCAAAUCUGGUUUGUGGCUUGCAAGAAUCGUCAGUACGGUCUGUUUGACAAACCUCCGAUUAUGAAAUAGCAUCAUCCAGCAGCGGGGAAUGUCGUCCAUUCAUCAAUCUGGUGUUUGGUUUCUAGCUAUUCUGUUUCCAUGUGAAGCAUUUGGCUUGCCCACCACCCCUUAUGCAGCUUUUUCCGGUUUGAUUAUUGUCUAAAAAUUUAUGAAAGAUCUUUGUGUUGGUCUGUAUAUAUAUUGACCUUAUCAUCUGGGUUAAUGAAGCCAGCCCCGACCUCUUCAUUCUUGAGUUUACCGUGAUCAGGGGAUAGGCGGGUAGGUUUUCUUUUAGCAUCAUAAACAGAGGGGGCUGGAAGGUGUCCGCUCUGCUGGGAGGUACAAGCAUGGGGAGAAAGCUUCACGACAAUUAUCGUCGUCUUCUGGGAUGUGUACGUCAUGAUAUCAUCAAUGAAGACUGCAACUUUAAGAGUGAAUGUUUUCUCAAAGCAUUGCCUGUUUGGAUAAUAAUUUGUUCUGCAUAAAUUUAAAAAAUAUGUAUGUUUUAAUUUUUUUAAUGUUAGAAAUCUUACAAAA